UUUACAAGUACAUAGCACGUUAAGUUUCCAGAGUGCGUUGCAAGUUUUUUUGGGUUGUCCCCCAAAAUCAAAAGUGAAACGCAAGUGAAGUGACCAAAAAGGAAGUUAUCGAUCUGGUAGACUCACUCAUAUAGAAGUAAUAAUAAUAAGCGAAACGUGCUCAGUGUUAAACGGCCACAGAAAAACAUUUGAAAGAGAUAUACAAAAACUGUUCAAAUUAUCAAGUGACAAUCAUUUUUAGAACCCACGAUAACACCCUUUACAGAUAACACCAUUUCAAGAUGGGUUCGCUGCCACAGUUGUCGAUUGUUAAGGGUCUGCAGCAGGACUUCGUGCCGAGAGCUCUGCACCGCAUCUUCGAGGAGCAGCAGCUGCGGCACGCCGACAAGGUGGCUCUAAUCUAUCAGCCCGAUAGUCCAGGACACGGAAUGGUGCCUUGUCAGAGCAGCUAUCGCCAGAUGAACGAGCGGGCAAACCGGGCGGCCCGUCUCUUGGUGGCCGAGACCCAUGGCCGCUUCCUGCAGCCCAACAGCGAUGGGGACUUCAUCGUGGCCGUGUGCAUGCAGCCGUCGGAGGGACUGGUGACCACACUGCUGGCCAUCUGGAAGGCUGGUGGCGCCUAUUUGCCCAUCGACCCCAGCUUCCCGGCGAACCGCAUCCACCACAUCCUGCUGGAGGCGAAGCCCACCCUGGUGAUCCGCGACGACGACAUCGAUUCGGGCCGUUUUCAGGGAACUCCCACCCUCUCCGCCACGGAACUGUAUGCCAAAUCCCUUCAGCUAUCUGGCUCCAAUCUGCUCUCGGAGGAGAUGCUGCGCGGCGGCAACGACCACAUUGCCAUCGUCCUCUACACCUCGGGCAGCACGGGUGUGCCGAAGGGCGUGCGUCUGCCGCACGAGAGCAUCCUCAACCGCCUCCAGUGGCAGUGGGCCACCUUCCCGUACACGGCCAACGAGGCCGUGAGCGUUUUCAAGACGGCUUUGACCUUCGUCGAUUCGAUUGCCGAGCUCUGGGGUCCCCUGAUGUGCGGCCUGGCGAUUCUCGUGGUUCCCAAGGCAGUGACCAAGGAUCCACAGCGAUUGGUUGCCCUGCUGGAGCGGUACAAGAUCAGACGUCUGGUGCUGGUGCCGACUCUGCUGCGGUCGCUGCUCAUGUAUCUGAAGAUGGAGGGAGGGGGAGCUGCCCAGAAACUUCUGUACAACCUCCAGAUCUGGGUCUGCUCAGGGGAACCCCUAUCCGUGGCCCUAGCCAGCAGCUUCUUCGACUACUUUGACGAGGGCGUACAUCGGCUGUACAACUUCUAUGGAUCCACAGAGGUAAUGGGCGAUGUCACCUACUUUACGUGCGAGAGCAAGAAGCAGCUGAGUUUGUACGACAAUGUGCCAAUAGGCAUUCCUGUGUCCAACACUGUUGUCUAUCUGCUGGAUACCGACUAUCGUCCCGUAAAGAACGGCGAGAUUGGGGAGAUCUUUGCUUCGGGACUCAACUUGGCUGCUGGUUAUGUUAACGGACGCGAUCCUGAGCGCUUCCUGGAGAAUCCACUGGCUGUGGAGAAGAAAUACGCCCGUCUGUAUCGCACCGGGGACUACGGAUCCCUAAAGAACGGAAGCAUUAUGUACGAGGGACGCACCGACUCGCAAGUGAAGAUCCGAGGCCAUCGCGUCGACCUUUCCGAGGUGGAGAAGAACGUGGCCGAACUACCGCUGGUGGAGAAGGCCAUCGUGCUCUGCUACCAUGCCGGCCAGGUGGAUCAGGCCAUUUUGGCCUUUGUCAAGCUGCGCGACGAUGCCCCCAUGGUCACCGAGAUGCAGAUGGAGGCGCGCCUUAAGGACAAGCUGGCCGAUUACAUGACGCCCCAGGUGGUCAUCCUUGAGCAUAUUCCGCUGCUGGUAAACGGCAAGGUGGAUCGCCAGGCGUUGCUCAAAUCCUAUGAAACGGCCAACAACAACGAAGGCGACUCAAGCAUAGUUCUAGACUUUGACUACUCCCAGGUGCCCGAGGAUCUGAAGCUCACGGCUCGUGAUCUGUUCGAGACAGUGGGUGGCGUAAUUGGACGCUCCACAAGGGCAACCUUGGCCCCCCACAGCAACUUCUACGAGCUGGGCGGUAACUCGCUGAACUCCAUCUUCACGGUGACCCUGCUGCGCGAGAAGGGCUACAACAUCGGCAUUUCCGAAUUCAUUGCGGCCAAGAAUCUGGGCGAGGUUAUCGAGAAGAUGGCAGCCAACCAUGACUCAGUGCAGCUGGAGGAGGAGUCGCUGAAUGCCUGUCCGCAUCUGAAGAUGGAGGCGGUUCCACUGCGCCUGGAGCACCGCCAAGAAGUGAUAGACAUCAUUGUGGCUAGCUUCUUUAAUAAAGCCGACCUGGAGCAGUGGCUAAAGCCUGGCGUGUUGAGAACCGACUACAGUGAUAUUCUGAACGACAUUUGGAAUGUGUUGGUGGAGCGAGACUUGAGCUUCGUGAUCUACGAUCGCAACACAGAUCGCAUCAUUGGCACAGCGCUGAACUUUGAUGCGCGAAACGAGCCCGAGGUCGACAUCAAGUCCAAGCUGCUAAUCGUCUUCGAGUUCCUUGAGUUCUGCGAGGGUCCAAUCAGGGACAACUACCUGCCCAAAGGCCUGAACCAGAUCCUGCACUCGUUUAUGAUGGGAACCGCCGAGAAGCUGAAUCCCCGCGAGAACAUCGCCUGCAUGCACUUCAUGGAGCACGAGGUGCUGCGGGUGGCCCGCGAGAAGCAGUUUGCCGGCAUCUUCACCACCAACACCAGUCCGCUGACACAGCAACUGGCCGACGUCUACCACUACAAGACGCUCCUCAACUUCCAGGUCAACGAGUACGUGCACUCCGACGGAAGCCGUCCCUUCCAGGAUGCUCCGGACGAGCAGCGCGCCAUCGUCCACUGGAAGGAAGUGGCCAAGUAGGACCGCCCCGUCCGACGGGCCUGUCAGCGAAUCAGAUCUGCAGCGAAUUUAUCACGCACAACGUAUUAUAUUUAACUAUUCUAGUUAGCGUACGACCUAGUAUUAGCCCUAGGCAUAGUGUAACUUGGCGAGAAGUUUCGUAAGUUUGUGUUGACUAGUUGUAAGCUUCCCACUUCGAGACAAUUAAAGAAACAACAAUUGAUAAAUAA